GUUUUUCAUCCAAUGGAUGAGUGCGCGUGGUGUUUUUUUAAUCCGACCUCUACAGCACCACGAAAAAAGUUGUAAUUUGAGUGUGACGCAGAUUUAGUUAAAAAAGCUGUUUGCAGUAUUUUCUUUCUGAUCCUUUAGUGUAAUCAACAUAACUUUAAAACGUUUCGGCGGUACGGGACACUUCCGGCUGAAGGUCCCGAAGGAUUAAGAGAAACGAACGACUCGGUUUUCCAUCUGCUGAGUUUUUUUUUUCCCCCAGCCGUUGGUAGAUUUGACUUGUUACUCCCGCUAGACCCGCUGCUUCCAUCCAUGUGGGACAUAAUGUGCCUUCUCUGUUGUAGGCUUCAUGUUUAGUACACACAAGUUUCCAUUGUUUAUAGUUUCUAAAUUUGGGUUUCACCUUCACGAUGGCGACCAUCUGAACCAAGAACCGCAUGAAUUUGAACUGAAAGUCGUGUCCCCGCUUUUCUGAGCUAAAUCCAGGAACACCACAGCCUCCUCCGGAGCAGCAUGCCCAUCAGACGCUUCGGGGGUCACAGGUCUCUUGGUUCUUGUUCUCCGACCGCUAAAUUACUGUCGUAUGAUUACACGAGGAAAAUGAAUAUUUCAAAAAGUGGCUACCGUGUGUUCACGGCCAACUCCAGCACCGCCUGUACCGAGCUGGCCAAGAAGAUCACAGAACGUUUGGGUGUGGAGUUGGGCAAGUCAGUGGUGUAUCAGGAGUCCAAUUCAGAGACUAGAGUCGAAGUGAAGGAAUCUGUCCGUGGACAGGACAUCUUUAUUAUUCAGACCAUUCCCAGAGAUGUCAACACAGCUGUCAUGGAGCUGCUCGUGAUGGCUUAUGCUCUGAAGACGUCUUGUGCCAAGAACAUCAUUGGAGUCAUUCCUUACUUUCCAUACAGCAAGCAGUGCAAGAUGAGGAAGAGAGGCUCUAUUGUCUGUAAACUGCUGGCUUCUAUGCUAGCUAAAGCUGGGCUCACUCACCUCAUCACCAUGGACCUUCAUCAGAAGGAGAUCCAGGGCUUCUUCAACUUCCCCGUUGACAACCUGAGAGCUUCACAUUUCCUCAUCCAGUACAUCCAGGAGCAGAUUCCAGAUUACAGGAAUGCCAUAAUUGUUGCAACGUCUCCCUCAGCUGCUAAGAGAGCUCAGUCGUUUGCAGAGAGGCUGCGACUCGGUCUGGCAGUGAUUCACGGGGAGGCCCAACAUUCAGAGUCGGACAUGGCAGACGGUCGACAGUCCCCCCCGCUGUCCCGAGCUUCCACAGGACACCCUGGCCUGCAGCUGCCUUUGAUGAUGGCGAAGGAAAAACCACCCAUCUCUGUUGUUGGCGAUGUUGGAGGCAGAAUCGCCAUCAUCGUUGAUGACAUCAUAGAUGACGUGGAGGACUUUGUUGCAGCAGCAGAAAUCCUGAAGGAAAGGGGAGCCUACAAGAUCUACGUCAUGGCUACACAUGGAUUACUGUCUGCAGAGGCACCAUCACUAAUAGAGGAGUCUGCAAUCGAUGAGGUGGUGGUGACAAACACCGUUCCUCACGAGGUGCAGAAGCUGCAGUGUCCAAAGAUCCGGACUGUAGAUGUGAGUCUGAUCCUGGCCGAGGCCAUCCGGCGCAUCCACAACGGAGAGUCCAUGUCCUAUCUGUUCCGCAACAUCACUGUGGACGACUGAGGACACACAUUCCUACACACACACACAGCAAACAUUUUUCAGCACACGCUGAGAACAAUCCAAAGCUUUCGCGUGUUGUUCCUGUUUGUGCAUCUGUUAAACACUUUCUGAGACACGAGCAGAAAACCGUCAAAUGUUUCUGCUUUUUUUACCACUAAACCUGCACCAUUGUACCAGCAGCCUCCGUCUGUUCUGCAGAUCAUCACAAAUAAAGC